AGCAGUGUCCGUCUGUCCUGCAGGGGAAGGUGGCCCAGACCGCCUGCAUGUCGGCCUGCAAGCACCUGUCCACCUCGCUGCUGCAGCUGCUGCUGGAGGCCGAGGUCAGGCAGCUGACGCUGGGCGCCCUGCACCAGUUCAACCUGGACGUGGAGGAGUGCGAACAGUUUGCCAGAUCCGGCCCAGUGCCUGGGUUCCAAGGGGACACGCUGCAGUUGGCCUUCAUCGACUUGAGACAACUCCUGGAUCUGUUCAUCCAGUGGGAUUGGUCGACGUAUUUGGCCGACUACGGACAGCCCACGUGCAAGUACCUCCGUGUGAACCCCACCACAGCCCUGAUCCUGCUGGAAAAGAUGAGGGACACCAGCAGGAAAAACAACGUUUUCGCCCAAUUCCGGAAAAACGAGCGGGACAAGCAGAAGUUGAUCGACACCGUGGCCAAGCAGCUGCGUGGCCUCAUCAACAGCCACCACUCCUGAGGGGCUCAGGAUCCCCUUCCCACAGCCAGGACUCCGGGAAUCUCGUUGGGAGAGAGGAUUUGUAUUUUUUUUAUUCGCCUGGAAAUUCUCCGCGGAGCCUCCCCCCGACGGCAAAACGCUCCCGGUGGGAACGAUCCUGGGAAAAGGCAGGAGCCUCCUGGAUAAACUCCUAUUUUCAGGGGUUUAGGAAGUGAUGGGAAUUCUUGGAGCCUGGGAGAAGUUCACACCCGGACUGGGGUUGGUUUUUGUUUUGUUUUGGUUUUUUUUUUUGUCAAUGCCAAAUUGAAGGGAUCACCCUGCCUUUCUUUUGUUAAUUUAUUCCCUUGGAAAACAGAUGGGAAGAGCCACGGGUUUGGGUUCUCUGGGCAGAGGGUCACCCUGAGUGGUUUGGAUUUAGGUAGGAAAAAGGGAUUUCCCAGGUUUUUUUCUCCUCCUUUCCCCCUCCACGUGCUGAUUUCCACAUUCUGCAAAUCCCUGGAAUUGUGACCCUUUCCCACAUGUCCCAUCCCUGAGCUCCACUCCAGGACCUGCCAGAGGCUGUGGGAUCAUGGAGAAGGGUUUGGAGCAGCCUCAUGAGUAGAUUUGGGAAGGGACAGCCCAAGGAUAAUCUGGGAAUGUGGCCUGUGGGCACCACUCUGGGGCUGGACACGUCCAUGGACGGGGAGAGGGGAGGGAUGGACGCUCCAUAGGGAUGGGGGAUCUCACACUGGGAUCUCCCUGUG